CCUCUCUCCCCACUGGUGCCUGCCCCUUUUCUCCGCCACCGGCUGCUCUCUUUCUCUCUCUCUCUCCCCCUACCCCAUCCGGCGCCGUCUCUUCCACUUCGCUUUUUACGUAUCCUCGCGUUGGAGGCGGAGAAAUUCGGUGCAGAAACCGCUCCGUUUCGAUCGGUUGAGGUUUUCUUGGGUUUUAGAUCGAUUUAGUUCAUGGAUUGGUUGUUUUCUUUCCAGGGAUGGUUUGACCUUUGUUCGGUUCCCGUUAAACUUGUUUGAUAUUCUCCUUGGGCUUCCAAAAAGCGUCCAUUGUUUGAUAUUUUUCUCUUUGUUUUGCUCGAUUCUUCUCUCUAUCUUUCUGUAAAGACUCGAUUUCUUCCCACAUCAAUUUCUUGCUGUUGCUCCGGACUGUGGUUUGAAUUAUUGGGAGGAUUGAUCUUGUCUGUGAAUGCUCUUCUGGAGGGUUGAAUCCGAUGCUGGAGAGCGAUUGCAGAGAAAUUUGACCGUUGCUUCAGAUGGGGAACGCAUGUGUCGGGCCCAGCAUCACAAAGACAAGAUUUUUCCAAUCGGUUUCUGCUACUCUGUGGCGUGUCCGAUCACCGGAGGAUGUACUCCCACAUACCAAUGGCGAGGAGGCCUCGACAGCGCCAGCUAAAACAACCACUGAGCCUCCGGAUCCAAUUAAGAUCCAUGAAGAAGAAGAAACAAAGCCUGCUAAACCUUCUCCUCAAGUCGAGUCGAAGCCGGAGAAUGAGCUGCACCCUCCGAAGUCAAAGAAUAAGAAGCCACACCAUGUCAAGAGAGCCUCGAGUGCCGGUCUCCUGACGGAUUCGGUGCUCAGGCAUAAAACUGAGAAUUUGAAGGAUGUUUAUAGCAUAGGAAGGAAGCUGGGGCAGGGGCAGUUUGGAACUACGUACCUCUGUUUGGAGAAGGCAACUGGGAAGGAGUAUGCUUGCAAGUCUAUUCUCAAGAGGAAAUUGACGACAGAUGAUGAUGUCGAGGAUGUGAGGAGAGAAAUCCAGAUAAUGCAUCAUUUGUCGGGUCACCCGAAUGUUAUUUCAAUCAAGGGUGCUUAUGAAGAUGCUGUGGCCGUUCAUGUUGUCAUGGACUUAUGUGGUGGUGGCGAGCUAUUUGAUAGAAUUAUUCAGAAGGGCCAUUACACAGAGAGAAAAGCAGCAGAGCUUGCACGAGUGAUCGUGGGUGUCGUCGAAGUUUGCCAUUCGUUGGGGGUCAUGCAUCGUGAUCUCAAGCCUGAGAAUUUUCUGUUUGUCAACCAGACAGAAGAGGCACCUCUGAAGACCAUCGACUUUGGAUUGUCAAUAUUCUUUCAGCCAGGAGAAAUAUUCACUGAUGUUGUUGGGAGCCCUUAUUAUGUUGCGCCUGAAGUUCUGAAAAAACGAUAUGGUCCAGAGGCAGAUGUCUGGAGUGCUGGAGUAAUAAUCUACAUCCUUCUUAGUGGUGUCCCUCCAUUUUGGGCUGAAACUGAGCAAGGUAUAUUUGAAGAGGUUUUACAUGGAAAGCUUGACUUUGAGUCAGAUCCAUGGCCUAGCAUCUCAGAGAGUGCUAAAGAUCUUGUACAGAGAAUGCUUGUUAGAGAUCCCAAAAAGCGGUUGACUGCCCAUGAAGUUCUGUGUCAUCCUUGGGUUCAGGUUGAUGGUGUCGCUCCUGACAAGCCUCUGGCUUCUGCAGUUUUAUCUCGUUUGAAGCAAUUCUCUGCAAUGAACAAGCUCAAAAAGAUGGCUAUCAGAGUUAUUGCUGAAAGCCUCUCUGAGGAUGAAAUUGCUGGCCUCAAGGAGAUGUUUAAGAUGAUAGACACAGAUAAUAGUGGACAGAUCACUUUUGAAGAACUCAAAGCUGGAUUGGAAAGAGUUGGUGCUAACCUUAAAGAGUCAGAAAUUUAUGCACUUAUGCAGGCAGCAGAUGUUGAUAACAGUGGUACCAUUGACUAUGGCGAGUUUGUUGCUGCUACUUUACAUCUAAACAAAAUAGAGAGGGAGGAUCACUUAUUUGCUGCCUUCUCAUAUUUUGACAAAGAUGGGAGUGGUUACAUAACUCAAGAUGAGCUACAGCAGGCUUGUGAAGAGUUUGGUAUACAAGAUGUCCAACUAGAAGAAAUGAUCAGAGAAGUGGAUCAAGACAAUGAUGGGCGCAUAGAUUAUAAUGAAUUUGUUGCAAUGAUGCAAAAAGGAAAUGCUGGCUUUGGCAAGAAAGGGUUGCAAAAUAGUUUCAGUAUUGGUUUUAGGGAGGCUUUGAGGCUUGGUUAACUAGUUUAGUGAGAAGGUUUUGUUCUUUUUCUUUAAUCAUUAUUUAUAGAAUCGUCAUAGGUUUGAAAUUACAUUCCAGCUGUAAAGAUCCACGGUGCCCUUAGAAUUGAAAAGUAUGAUGGACAUACCUUCUGUACACUGAACAUGAAUUUUUUUCUGGGGCAGAAUUUGAAUCUGAAAAAUGCAUUGUGACGCAUGGUGUUUCUGUUGUUGUAUACAUGUUUCUUUUGGUCA